AUGGAAAGGCAGAUUUUUGCUGUGUGGCUGAUCUUUUCUUCACAGAUAGUACUAGCAGAUCCUGUUGGACACCAGAAUGCCAUUGAAAUCUACAGCCUGCACGUGGACAGCAAAGUUACUUCACGAUUCGCACACACAGUCAUCACCAGCAGAGUUGCCAACAGAGCGAAUGUAUCCAAGGAGGCCCUUUUCGAAGUGGAGCUACCCAAGACGGCCUUCAUUACAAACUUCAGCAUGACCAUCGAUGGAAAAACUUACCCUGGAACAAUAAAGGAAAAGAAAGCUGCACAAAUCCAGUACAAUGCUGCUGUUUCACGAGGGCAAAGUGCUGGAUUGGUCCGAUCAACUGGAAGGAAACUAGAACAGUUUCAUGUUUCGGUCAAUGUUGCAGCAGGUGGGAAAGUUACCUUUGAGUUGAUCUAUGAGGAGUUACUGAAACGAAAGUUGGGAAAGUAUGAGCUGCUGUUUAAGGUCAAGCCCAAGCAGCUUGUGAAACACUUCCAGAUUGACACCCACAUCUUUGAACCCCAAGGCAUAAGUUCCCUGGAAACUGACAGCACCUUUCUAACUAAUGAACUGAGCGAUGCCCUCACAAAGGUGCAGGGGGAGACCAAGGCUCACAUCUCCUUUAAACCAACAUUAGCUCAACAAAGAAAAAGUCCUGAGCUGGAAGAAACUCUGCUAGAUGGAGAUUUUCUCAUUCGUUAUGAUGUUCAAAGGAGUGUCACUGCAGGAGAUAUACAGAUUGUUAAUGGAUAUUUUGUGCAUUAUUUUGCACCCAGUGAAAUACCCGUAUUUCCCAAAAAUAUUGUUUUUGUCAUAGAUAUUAGUGGAUCUAUGAUUGGCAAGAAAAUUCAGCAGACCAAAGAGGCCCUACAAAAAAUUCUGGAAGACCUUAAUCCUGAUGACCAUUUUAAUUUAAUAAUCUUUAGUUCAAUGGUCGCUCAAUGGAAGCCAUCUUUGUUGCCAGCUACAGAAGAGAAUGUGGAGCUGGCUAAAGAAUAUGUUGGUGCCAUUAGAGCUCAAGGAGCAACAGAUAUCAAUAGUGCUGUCCUGACUGCAAUACACGCACUGGACAAGGACACCAUUGCUGAGUUACUACCGCAGCAAAGCAUUUCAAUGAUAAUUUUGCUGACAGAUGGUCAACCCACUACUGGUGUUACAGAUGUUCGUAACAUUCAAGAAAACAUAAAGCAUACUAAUAAUGAGAAGUACUUCCUCUACUGUCUUGGCUUUGGCUUUGAUGUCAGCUACACAUUCUUGGAGAAGAUGGCCUUAGACAAUGGAGGAGUUGCUCGGCGUAUAUAUGAGGAUGCAGAUGCAGCUCUACAGCUCCAGAACUUUUAUCAUGAGGUAGCUACUCCCAUCCUUAAGGAGAUUGAAAUGAACUAUCUUGACAAAGCAGUACAGGAACUCACUCAGAAUAACUUCAAGUUGCUCUUUGAUGGCUCCGAGAUUGUAGUCGCUGGGAAAAUUGACAAUGAACUUGAUGUUUUCCCUGUAGAAAUUAAAGCUCAAACACAAACGAGCGACUUGACUCUUGAAGAACGAGUAAAUGUAACAGAAAAAGGAAAAGUAUUUCAGGAUCAGAAAUACAUUUUUGGAAAUUUCAUCGAGAGAUUAUGGGCUUACUUAACUAUUCAGCAACUGCUAGAAAAAUCUGUUUCAGCUGAAGGGGAACAGCAGAAAAGCCUGGAAGGCCAAGCUUUGGAACUCUCCUUGAAGUUCAGCUUUGUCACCCCCCUCACCUCCAUGGUGGUUACCAAGCCUGAUGCUGAAGAAGUGGCAAAUAAACCUACAGAAGCAGAUAAUGAGAAUUUCAAGAAUGAUAGAGUACAGAACAGUCACAGGCUGGAUCCACAUGUUGUUGAACAUCACACUGUUGUGAUAAUUUCUGAAGUUUACCUGUCCAGGCAGAAAAAUCCAAGAGAUAAUGGGAAUUUCAAGAAUGAUAGAGAUGGACAAUAUCCAGAUUUCAUACUGCAGUUUCCUGGUGAAAACAGUGUUCUUUGUUUAAAUAUCACUGCACAUUCACAAACACCUGCUCUUCAGUACCUACUAUCGGAUCCAGAUAAAGGGAUCCAAGUGACUGGCCAGUUAGGAGAAAAAAAACAAUUCGUGCAUUUUGAAGUAGCUUAUCAGAAGGCUGAUGUGAGGCUUAAUGUAUCAAAGGAUCAUAUUGUGCUGAAUGAUAAUGGGAAUGCAACCAUGCUCCCAUGGACAACAACUAUAUCUUUCACAGUCCAGGGGUUGAAGGUUAACAUUGAAGAAGAAAAGAGUGUUUCCAUAUCAGGAGCAGAUAAUAUCACAAUAAAAAUAUCCUAUGUAAAGUUUCCUGAACAUUUCCUUGGAUUAUACUUCAUAGGCAGUGAACAUUUUUCAGACCAAGUCACUGGACUUCUUGGUCAGUUUUACUUCAAUACACAUUUUGAAAAUCCUAUUUAUGGAAGGAGGAGACAAAUUGAUGUCCAAGGACGAAAGCAUGACACCACAAGGCAACGCAAGAAAGAUUAUAGGGUAGAGUCAUCCAAAGAUCCUCUUUCCUGUUGGGCACUAGAUAUAAGCCCUUGA